AUAUGGAGCUCGAAGAGGAACGCCUCACCAUCCCCAUCAAUCCCAACAAUUUUCCAGCGAAAUUGUGGCGUUUGGUGAAUAACCCCAAAAAUCGAUCGAUACGUUGGGAUCCCUGUGGUGAGGGUUUGAUAAUCGAACAGCAGCUAUUUGAAUCAGAGCUGCUGUCACCUCAGAAACAAACGUUUGACACCACUGACCUUUUCAAAACAACCAACUUUACAAGCUUCAACCGCCAGCUGAAUCUUUAUGGGUUCAGGAAGGUGGUCCAUGGCCCCGGGGGCUCGGAGAAGAAUGAUGUCUCAUCUCCGAUGGACGGGAUAAAACACCACUUCCACAACCCAAACUUCAAACAACAUCAUCCCGAACUGCUGGUGAAUCUUAAGAGGCUGACAAGCAAAAACAAGGCGAAGAUGGAAGCUGGCCUAGAAGUGAACUGCCGGCCCCCAGCAAAUCGUUUCCACCGACUCAUGGCAAAUGGUGACGGUGGUGAGGAGAAAGUUAAAGUAGAUAAUAGAGGUUCCAUGUUUGUUGGUCAGGUAAAACGACCAUCUCCUUACCAACAGUACCACCAAAGCAGAAUCCAGCCCAUGAAGGACUAUGAUCGGACCCCUAUCCCACCCCGCGGCUGGAUCAUGGGUCAUGGGGAUGCCCCCUCCCCCACCACCUUCUACACAGACAAGGGAAUCCCCAUAUCUGUCAUCCACCGGUUCCCUUCAGACACUUCCUGCAAUGUGCAGUCCAGUCCGACUACUGUGCACAUCCAGCAGGGUUCACAAAGCCUGGCAAACAGCUUGAUCCCUCACCAUGCUCAGUACCGACCUGGAUUCUAUUCCCCUGCAUCAGUGUGCCAAUGCUGCUCUCCAGGCUCAAUGGACUCGGACUGCCAUAGUGCCCACCAGACAACUCCCUCAUACUCCCAUUACAGCUAUUACCAGCCAAACUGUCCUGUGGGCUUUCUGUAUCCUGGCAAUCAAAACCAGGACUGGCAGAGCAGUGAAACCCAGGAGACCAACAAGAGUGAUGUCAACUUGGACACAGUCUUCCAGCUAGUGGACGAGUUGCACCACAAUUCCCCCAAAAUACGCAUGGUCAAAGUGGAGACCCCAGAGCGCCAGCAGCCGGUCCUGUCCACCUCUACAUCAUCAGGGCCCCAGCCCAUCACCACCAUCCACAGCUCCCCUCACACAGUCAAUGUCUCUUCCCAGCUUGACUCCUCAUUUAACUCCAACCCAGUGACUCCACGCGGGCCCAUCAUUAUAGCAGUCCCGGGGAACGUUCCUCCUCAGGGAAUAGCCAUCACUGUCGGUGGUCCCGUGGCUGAGCAGCCAGUGAAGAGGGAGGACAAACCUGUGUCUGUGGAUGCCUAUCAGAAGUGCCCUGAGGAAGCUUCAGAGUACAUCACCAAGGUGAAGGAGAUCCAGGUGGUGGACUCAGAGGUCUGCAAUCUGAACUUGUUGGUUGAAGUGGCAUGCACGCAAGAAUGUUGACCAUAG